AUGCAGUUGAUCUCCAAAGCGGCAGGUGGCGGUAGAGAGUCGAUCUAGUGACCACUGACUUCAGACAGAGACCGAGAGAGACACAAACACAAACAACUGAGAGGAGUCGAACCGCAGCAGCGCUGAUAUCUGUGUGUGUCUGUUCAGCUUAAUAAAGUCGCUGGUUCAGGCUGGAGUUGGUGUGUGCCUCUCAUGGGUGCAUCUGUGGGCCGGCACGGCCGCUCGCUCCUGUCCCGUCACAGCAGGGCCGGACACAAGGGCUCUCUGAUGGGGGGGGGUGACUCUCUAGACGGUCUGGACAGACAGGAGGACAUCGCUCAGUUCCCAUACGUGGAGUUCACAGGCCAAGACAGCAUCACCUGUCCCACCUGCCAGGGUUCCGGACGCAUCCCUUCAGGGCAGAUGAAUGAGUUAGUUGCUCUGAUCCCCUACAGCGAUCAACGGUUACAGCCAAGGAGAACGAAGUUAUAUGUGGUGCUGUCAGUGAUUUUGUGUCUGCUGGCGUCUUCUUUGGUGGCGUUCUUCCUGUUUCCACGUCCUGUGCUGGUUGUUGAUGAUGGCAUUCGCUCUGUGACUGUGCAUUUCGACCGUAACAACAGCAAAGUGAUCAUCAACAUGACGAGCUCUCUGAACUUCAGCAACUCUAAUUUCUUCACGGUGUGGGUGGACAGCGUGAGCUGCCAGGUGCUCUACAUGAAGACGGUCAUCGGAUCUCAACAGCUUGACAACAUCAUCCACAUUCAGCCUCUCAGCCAGAGACAGGUCAACUUCACUGUCAGUAUGGAGAUUGGAGGAAGUCUCUCUUACGUUUAUGCCUUUUGCACCAUGGCAAGCAUCAAGGUCCACAACAUUGUGGUGUUUCUGCAGACCUCUGUGAAAACCUCCUACAUGGUGCGGGCGGCACAGAACACACUGGAAGCUUACCGCUACAUCGACUGUGGCGCCAACUCCACCAUCCACCAGCCCUCAGGAUUGGUUUGGUCUAAACCUCACGUCCCUCUGAAUGGGAAACCGCUCGGGUGAAGCAUCAGCCGGCGGACGCUUUUGAUGUUCCAUGGCAGCUCAGUUUCACCAAUUUUGACUCCAAAUUUUGUGCUGCACUGAAACUGAACCCAUUGAACAGAGCAGCUGUGGUGUAAGAUAUUGCUUGAAUUGUUCUCUCAGUACAGAUGAUGAUGGUGUGAUAACUGCUAAAUGAAAAACAAAGUCUGUAAUGUUAAGCGAUAGUCUAAUAUAAGGGUGUUAUAUAAUUUUGCAGUGAUUGAUAAAAAAAGGAGAUUUCAUUAAUGGGUUGUCAUUGAUGAGGUGCACUUUGAUGUAUGAGCUGUUCUGUGAAAUAUUUUGUACAGUCUUGAUUAAGUCUUAUGCAAAUGUCUCUGCAAUGCCAAAGAUUUCAAGUCAUUUCUCCGAUCGAUGGGUUUUGACACAUUCAGCAAUAUCAGUCAACUCAGAUCCAUCCAUCAGUCCAAAGACUUAAGUGUCAGAACAAAUGACGUGUGUGUGUGUGUGUGUGUGUGUGUGUGUGUGUGUGUGUGUGUGUGUGUGUGUGUGUGUGUGUGUGUGUGUGUGUGUGUGUGUUCUCAUAGGGUUUGAUUUGUUGUGAAUUGAAAAGUGUUCAGACUGCAGUGUGAUACUGAGAAUGAGGGAACUGUUACAAAACGGUAGUGUGCUUCUGUGAUGCCACGAAAACUGCGAUUGAGGACAUUCGAUGUACAAUGGCAGGAUGUUUUGUUCUCACUCAAACAUUAGGGCUUUCACCAAGUUUUUGACCACCAGAAUCAGCUUACUGGUUUAGACUCUGAAAAAAAAGGUACAAAAGCUAUUCUUGGGUUUGUACCCUUUCAAAAGUACUAAUAUAGGGACUAAUAUGUACACGGUUGGUGCUAAUAUAUAACUUUAAAAUACCAAUAUGCAUGUUUACAUGUAAAAGAUGUGCAAAGCUGUACUUUUAAAAAUAAAUAGAUAAAUAAAUACCACCGCAGUGACAGCUUUUGUACCUUUUUUUGUAGAUUUUUAAGAAGGGCGUUUGUUUCUAUUUGAAGUUGCACAUUUUGGAUAAUUUAUUGCUAUUUUUAUAUUUAAUCUCCUUAUCGUGCCUUGAGAUUUGAUUGUGUUUUUCAUUGUAUGAACUGAGAAAAAUAAAAUGGUAAUAAAAAUGCUUAAA